GGACGAUGCAGGUGAGGAGUGAGUCGCGCGGGGAGUAGCAAGCGAUUAUUGGAGGCACUUGUCUACUCUGAAGACGGGGGGUAAUGUAGUAAUUCAUCCGAAUUUGUGCUAUGCGACAAGACUAGAGAGAGAGAGAAAGAGAAUUUUCAUCCUGCACUGUCGAUGUCUCAUGAUCUGGAUCCCCUUCCUCCUUCUGAGGUCUGACUCCUCCACUCCGCGCGUCGAGAACUUCUCAACCAAGAAGAUUAUUCAAAAUGACGCUAGCUUCCUCCUCCACACCUGCUCAACAAUCAUCCUCUUCCACCGUUGUUCUUACCGCGGCUGCGUCCUAUCCGGAGGAUGAGGAGCCGCCCCAUCUUAUGCGACUCGAUCGGUCGCAAGUUGCCACUUUUAUGCAUGAGAUAUGCGAGCCUGGCUUUGGAAGCUACACGGCGUUGUUUCGGCGAUUGACGUUGCACUAUCUACUGUUUUGGGGUUUCACGGUCUUGAUCCCCUUCAUCGUCAUGGACAAUCACUCGUGUGGGACGACCGAAUACCUGGGCCUCGUGAGCCAUUUGAUUUUCCUCGUCCUUCUUUGUGGCUCUUUGCUGGAAGAAGUCGAUUGCGCUCUAUUGCUACUGAAGUCCAAGGGCGGAGGUGGAAAGGCUUCUUUGGAUUAUACUGGUAGUGAUGCUGGGGAUGCGACAAUUUUUGAGGCACGACGUGGUGGUGGCGGACGAUAUGCAGGGCUUGACGAGGAUAUCAACGAUUUUGAUGCCGACAUCGAGAACUCUGGUACUGCAGUCAGCUCCUCGUGUAGCAGAAUAUGCACUUGUUCUACGACUGGCGCAACCACGAUACUCUCAAAAACACAAUUCAAGCUGAAGAAACUCAAGGACUAUACAAGGAAAGCAGAUGAAGCUGAGUACCUCCGUGCAACAGAAAUGCCACAACGAGGACUAGCAGGAACAACGCCAACGACCACAAGCAAAACAAGUACUUCUGGUGCUGGUAGUUCGAAGCCUACUGUAAUCGGCUCACAGAGUCAUCUGGAGAUGAUGCAAAUGGGCGAGGUAAAAUGGAAAGAGAGUCCUAAAGGAAACAGCACGGAUCACGUUGUGAUAUCUUCUACCUCUAGCACAAGCACGGGCACAGCUUCUGGAACGAUUGCCGGCAGUAGUGCGUCCUCUUCUAGUUCCUCCUCUCGACCACCUCUCUCGCAACAAGGCGAAUCAACAUCUUCCACAUCUUCGACACCUGCGCCACAAAUGAUCACCAAAUACCUAAUCCGAUUACGGAAAUUCCAGCAUUGUUGUCUGGGGUUCUGUCACGACGUGUUCUUCGAGUCUUUGGUUUUUUACCACAAAGAGUACGAGAACCUUUACCUCCUCGCGAGGACCGCAGUGUGGCGGAUAGACGUUUACCUGGACCUAAUUUUCAUCAUAGUCGCGCGAAACUGUGGGAGUAACCUAUGGUGGCCUUCGCUGGCAGUGUUUUUAUGAGCACCAGGAAACAAUCUGUAAACCCUAACACACUUGACUUCCUUAGGCGUCGUUGAUGCUUCAUGGUGUCUACUUGUGCUUCCAACUAACACUAACAUGUUGAUGAAUUUGAAUGGUUCCGGUAUUUGGUAUAGCCUGAUUUUGAUCAUAAGGGAAAACGAGAAGAGAAUCCUUGUGAUCAAAUUCAGGCUAUACCAAACUUUCAGGCUAUACCAAACUAGCACUAACUACAUGCAACAUUGUUGAUGAUGCUCCUAGAACAACCUCCGUGUCAUCUUCGUGCCUAGCAUGGGUUUAGGGGGCCUCGCUAACAUGCGUGUCCGUCAACUUCCUCUUGCAGAUAUUUCUCCAUCUGCUGUUUGCAUUCACGGAUUGCGACGGUCAAUUGCCUAGGUGUAUGGGCUUCGUCCUCUUCGAUUUCGGCUUAGUGAACAAGGCGGUUCGGUUACGCUUACCGUUUAACUAUGACUCUAUAGCAGCUGGAAUAGGGGGACCGGGGAGUGGGAUGCUCACGCCGCAGAAGGUAGACUACUAGUUGUAAUUCUUGGAAUAUUCUUAUAAUAUAAUUGUCCCCUCCAGGACGAGAUGAACAAUAAUUAUCUUCCUUGCAAUCUAUCGACGAAGUGUCGUGCUUGUGCAGCAAAUCAAAUGUGUCGGAUCAAAAUCGAUGUUUGAAUUUGAAGAAAGACAUUUAGAUUCAGAAAUACCUUAUUCUUGGAAUAUAAUUCUUAUAAUUGUCCCCUCCAGAUCAUGAACAAUAAUUAUCUUCCUUGCAAUCUAUCACAUACAUAAGAUAUCAGUUCCAAGCUACGACCAUACGUACACCCACGAAUCACUCAGGUGUCCCACUGCAUCAUGGUGGAGAAGUGUUUCCUCGGUGACGUCGGCCAGAUUCUCAUCCAGACGAAGUUUCUACUUGACGUAACGACUCCAAACAACGGAUUUGUCUAUCUCAGCGUCUUCUGUUCUUACCUGAGUCUGUUGUUGAACCUGCUUCAACUAGUGACUGUAUUUUUACUGCAGUAUAGGGAAGCGCAGAGGGCGGCGCAGAGAUUACAUGCGCAAGUGAGGGAGUUGAACUGCUACGAGGAAACGUCGAUAGGUGCAACUUCAAAUGCGAAAAUGGAGAUGGACAAAAGCAUAAGUAGCAGCUCUCAAGUUCUUCAAAUAGUGGAAACAAGUAGUGCGGAAGAUGAUGGAAUUAUUCCAGGAAGUUUCAUCGAAGUAGAAGAGCAGAACAUGGCAGCUGGUGGAGGUGGAGCCGCAAAUGCGAUACCAGGGAGAGUACCAGAUUUGUUAAGCUGCUAGCAACAUCGGGAAUGAUCAAUGCUGCAUGCAGCCAACGACCACCUAUUGAUUCCACGCGCAUUUUUGCCAUAUCUGCGCUUCAAUUGGCGACGAAUCGAGGGCGGGGGCGCAGGAACGCGGAAAGCACCGCGGAAGACUCGCCAAGACUCGCAACGCGUUAAAGGGGCUCACUGAGAGCGAGAGGGCGAGUUCGAGGACUGUUGCGCUGAUAUCGGGAAUUUCCUCCACCUCACUCAGAUGUCACAGGGUUCGCCAGGACCGUUGUACUUCUCCUAAACACUACGACGCACCAGUGACGCUUGCCAUUGUAAGGCAUCACGAACAUCAGAGUGUCAUGUCUUCUGUUUCUGCUAGAGUGCUUGAGCUUUGAAAGCUUGUUGUUGGUUGUAGACGAU